UCGUCCGAUAGUAUCGUUUUAAGUAUUGCAGGUCUUUGCCAUAUACACACAUACUUAGUUUUCGCUGGAAAAUAUUUUGUAAUAUUCGUGUAUUUCAGUGCGAGAAAAUAAAUAAAGCCUGCUUUAAAGCAGAUUAAAUUAUUAUUAACGCGGUGUGGUGUAAAUCGCCUAAAUCACCAAGAUGAGUUACAUGCCAGCCCAGAACCGUACAAUGUCCCAUAACAAUCAAUAUAAUCCGCCGGAUUUGCCGCCAAUGGUGUCGGCCAAGGAGCAGACACUGAUGUGGCAGCAGAACUCGUAUCUGGGUGAUUCCGGCAUACACUCGGGCGCCGUCACCCAGGUGCCGUCGCUGUCUGGCAAGGAGGAUGAGGAGAUGGAGGGUGAUCCGCUAAUGUUUGAUUUGGAUACGGGAUUUCCGCAAAAUUUUACACAGGAUCAGGUGGACGAUAUGAAUCAACAGCUGAGCCAGACGCGCUCACAACGGGUUCGCGCCGCCAUGUUCCCAGAGACGCUCGAGGAGGGCAUCGAGAUACCCUCAACACAAUUUGAUCCACAGCAGCCAACCGCUGUGCAGCGCCUAUCGGAGCCAUCGCAGAUGUUAAAGCAUGCGGUGGUCAACUUAAUCAAUUACCAGGACGAUGCCGAACUGGCCACACGCGCCAUACCGGAGCUGAUUAAGCUGUUGAACGAUGAGGACCAGGUGGUCGUCUCUCAGGCAGCCAUGAUGGUUCACCAGCUGUCCAAAAAGGAGGCAUCGCGCCAUGCCAUCAUGAACAGUCCCCAGAUGGUGGCCGCUCUCGUGCGCGCCAUCUCCAAUAGCAACGAUCUGGAGAGCACCAAGGCAGCUGUCGGCACGCUCCACAACUUGUCGCAUCAUCGCCAGGGCUUAUUGGCCAUCUUCAAGAGCGGCGGCAUACCGGCUCUCGUGAAGCUCCUCUCCUCGCCCGUCGAGAGUGUGCUCUUCUAUGCGAUUACCACGCUGCACAAUCUGUUGCUGCACCAGGAUGGCUCCAAGAUGGCCGUGCGUCUGGCCGGCGGCCUGCAGAAGAUGGUGACGCUGCUCCAACGCAACAAUGUCAAGUUCUUGGCAAUUGUGACCGAUUGCCUGCAGAUCCUGGCCUAUGGCAAUCAGGAGAGCAAGCUUAUCAUUCUCGCCUCCGGCGGACCCAAUGAGCUGGUGCGCAUUAUGCGCUCAUACGACUACGAGAAGCUCUUGUGGACUACAUCGCGUGUCCUCAAGGUGCUCUCGGUAUGCUCCAGCAAUAAGCCAGCAAUUGUUGAUGCCGGCGGCAUGCAGGCAUUGGCCAUGCAUUUGGGCAAUAUGUCGCCGCGUCUCGUCCAGAAUUGCCUCUGGACACUGCGCAAUCUGUCGGAUGCGGCCACCAAGGUGGAGGGUCUUGAGGCGCUGCUGCAAUCGCUCGUCCAGGUCUUGGGAUCAACGGAUGUCAAUGUGGUCACCUGCGCCGCCGGCAUACUCUCGAAUUUGACUUGCAACAAUCAGCGCAACAAGGCGACCGUUUGCCAAGUGGGCGGCGUCGAUGCUCUCGUACGCACCAUCAUCAAUGCCGGCGAUCGCGAGGAGAUCACCGAGCCGGCCGUUUGCGCCCUUCGUCACCUAACCUCGCGUCACGUUGACUCCGAGCUCGCUCAGAAUGCGGUGCGCCUCAAUUACGGCCUAUCCGUAAUUGUCAAGCUAUUGCAUCCACCAUCGCGUUGGCCUCUGAUCAAGGCCGUCAUUGGACUCAUUCGCAAUCUGGCCCUCUGUCCGGCCAAUCAUGCGCCGCUGCGUGAGCACGGCGCCAUACACCAUCUGGUGCGUCUCCUGAUGCGUGCAUUCCAGGAUACAGAACGCCAACGUUCGUCGAUUGCCACCACCGGGUCGCAGCAGCCGUCUGCGUAUGCCGACGGCGUGCGCAUGGAGGAGAUUGUGGAGGGCACCGUCGGCGCCUUGCAUAUCCUUGCGCGUGAAUCGCACAAUCGGGCUCUCAUACGCCAGCAGUCGGUAAUACCGAUCUUUGUGCGUUUGCUCUUCAACGAAAUCGAGAACAUUCAGCGCGUUGCCGCCGGCGUGCUUUGUGAGCUGGCCGCCGAUAAGGAGGGCGCCGAGAUAAUUGAACAGGAGGGCGCUACUGGGCCACUCACCGAUUUGCUGCAUUCUCGCAACGAGGGCGUGGCCACUUACGCAGCCGCCGUGCUGUUCCGCAUGAGCGAGGACAAGCCGCAGGACUACAAGAAGCGUCUGUCCAUCGAGCUGACCAACUCGCUGCUGCGCGAGGAGAACAACAUCUGGGCCAACGCUGACCUGGGCAUGGGUCCAGACUUACAGGAUAUGCUUGGACCCGAAGAAGCAUAUGAGGGCCUUUACGGACAAGGUCCGCCCAGUGUGCACAGUUCGCACGGAGGUCGCGCAUUCCAUCAGCAAGGAUAUGAUACUCUACCAAUAGAUUCAAUGCAAGGUCUCGAAAUCAGCAGUCCAGUAGGCGGUGGCGCUGGCGCUGCUGGUAACACAGUAGGCGGUGGUGGUGGCGCCGGCGGCGCUGCACCACCCGGCGGGGCACCCACAUCGCCCUACUCCAUGGACAUGGAUGUCGGCGAGAUUGAUGCGGGCGCUUUGAAUUUUGAUUUGGAUGCCAUGCCGACGCCACCCAAUGACAACAAUAACUUGGCUGCCUGGUACGAUACCGACUGUUAAGCACAGAUCACGAUGCUGAUCAUGAUUAUGAUUAAGAUGACGACGACUACGACGACGAUUAACAACUUUGGUUGUUCAUUCAAACACAAUAUAAAUACUAAGAUAACUAUCGACCAUCAACAAUAUGCUACAAGGCAGCUCAACAUAUAUUAACAAAAUUAAGAAUAAAAAAAAACCGAAACGAAAUCGAUACCUUUGCGCGCGCUCUCCCAA